AAAUUUUUGCUUGUUUUUCUUGCAGAAUACAGCAGCUAUUUGAAGAAAUUUUGGGUAACAGCAGGCAACUGAAAUGGUUGUCAUGUGGGUUUAUGUUACAAAUUGUAACACCCACAUCAUUGUCAUCUCUCUCAAAUCCCAUUGCCAGCACCAUGGAGCACCUGAGCUUACUGGAUAACCACAUUCCUGGUAAUACCACUCUUAUCACAGCAAUUGAAAUGGAGCGCUUUAUCAAUCUACGCUCGCUUGCCUUGGAUUUCUGUGAUUUUACAGGAGAAAUGGCGAGAGUUUUGGCUGACAAUAACCAUGUGCCUUUGCAUCGACUAUCUCUUCUGGUCCACAAUAUUUCUGUAAUGCACAAGUCCUUGGAGAACAUGCCAGAAGAUGAAGAUUGGAAGGCCCUGACACGCAACAGCACUAAUCUUCGGGUCUAUAUAAUAGCUUUUGAUAUCAAGAGUGAUGACAUGUUAAGGAUUCUUAAACCUAGUAUCCCACUGGAAAGGAUUCAUUUUGACAGCUACAUCACUUGCGUUUCAGGAGCUGUUGUUGAUCUCAUAUCUAGGCAGUAUGAUAAGUUCCUCACUCACUUCAUAUUAAUGAAUGAUGUGAUAGAUAUGUCUGGCUUCCCAGAUCUCAGCGACAACCGGACUGAAGAUCCAUUGGUUUUAUUGGCGUGGAGGUGCACAAGGCUAUCUCUUCUGGCAGUGCAUGGUUAUACUGUUUGGGCUCACAACCUGAUUGCCAUUGCUCGUCUUCGUGGCUCUGAUUUGAAAGUGCUUGAAGUCACAGAAGAAAGCAUUGAUUUUGACAAUGGUGAACUGGCUGAUCAGGAUGUAGAUCCAGUGCAUAAUCUCAUUGAGCAGGUAUCCCUUGGAUUGGGUCGACCCUGGCAUGCAGUCAUGGACAUAGAAUUACUCAGUGUGUUUACUGAGCCAACUCGUCAUUUUUACAGAGAAAUGCAAAGCUUCAGUGAAGGCAUUUAGUUCUCUUUAUUUACAGUUCCUGUGGUUACAUAUGCAAGUAGGGUCCUAUUAUGUUUUUCAGUAGUGUGAAUUAACCCCUCUUGUGCUGUGUUUAAUCAGUAUUAGCUAUAUAGGAUUAUAUAUGUAUAUUCUACUUCUUGCUCAAAGAACGUAGUCGGGUAUUGUUUAGAAGCUGAAAGUGGCAACGUAUAGGGCUUUCACGGUUAAUGGACUUGUCUACAAAAACAAAACAAAACUCAGAUGAGGCUGAAGGUUAUGGUGAGAUUGCCAGCUAACUUUCUUUUUGUACCGAGUAACUCUGCAACUUCACUGAUUUUACUAUUGUCGGAGUUUUUUGUGCUCAGAAGCCAAAAAUCUUUUUACUAUCCAUAGCCCAGUGAAUGUGGUCAUUGUCAUGUAAAUUGGUAGCAUGCUACUUAAGCUUUUUUUUUUCUUUAAAUCAAGACUAUCAAUACCAUUUGCUGUAAACCUUUGCUUUGAUUUCACAUACAAUAUCUGAAGCAUGGAUUACUGCCAUUCUGCAAUCUCCUCCUUAAAUAUGAACAAUAGUUUCUUGCACUGUGUAGCUUAUUCAGAAGUUUAUCUGACUCUGAAGGCUAUAAGCUGUAGUUUCACUGUAAAUUAAUUAUAGCUUCUUUUUCUCGUGGUCUGUCAGCUUCUCUGUCCAAGUUAGCUUCAGGCCCAGGUUUGAAAAGAAAUGUUAAGAUUAUACACUCCAAUGGGGUAAAACCCUAACAAUUUAGAUAUAAAUUUAUAAGUCUACUUUGCUUGCAAACAAACAUUAGUCGUGAAAUCCCUAGCAACUAAGUCACUGGAUUCUCUCUGUCAGCGCCUGUGUCAGCUGCCAAAGAAUAGAUUAAAAUGAAGAAGUGCCCACAUGCUGGCAGGGGCAGGCCAGUUUUUGGCCAGCCAGGUACUGCUAGAUUGUAAUAUAUAAGGUCGAAUUUCGACCUGUGGUACACAGCUGUGCUGUGGCUCAGUCAGCAACCUCAGAACUCUUAAACAUGCACCUGUUUCACUGUGAAUAGUGAAUGUAAAGGAAGGAAAAGAAACCGAUACAAACCUUGUUCUAUCACAGGUAUGAGCUGCUAUGAUGCAUGAAGAACAUUCCAUGAAGUAUGUUUUAAAAUCUUGUUAUAUCUGAGAGGCUUUAAAAGCCGAUUUAAACUGUUUCAGGGCAACCGCGGUACAGACGUGGUCUCUGUGAGACUUCCACCUGACCCAAGUUUUAAGUGGUACGAAUGUUGUGCAUUUAACGUUAAGGACAGUCUGCAAUAAUAAAGUAAGUGGCCAACGUGGGUGCCCAGCAGUGCUGAGACCUGGCUGCCAUAUUGUAAGCUUUGGAAAACACAAUUUAUGCAACAGAUGUCCAGAUAUGAUUCUAUUUAUGGAAAAGUUUAUAUGUGUUUUACAAAUGGUUUUACCAUCUUAUAUUAAAAUGACCUUUGACAGGUGUGCGCUGUUUUGUCUCCAGUGAGCACAUACCAUGCGGAUUUUAUAUGUACAUCAGUAGAGUGAAUCCACUGGCACAGUGUGUGUAUAUGCCAGAUGUGGUGAGAUUUUAUCUUAUAAAUGUGAUCAGAGUAAAGUAACUCCUGACAGAAAAUGUAAGGAAACCAGCUGAGUGUUUGACUUGAUGACUGAUGUUGUAUGGUUUAUGUUAAAUGUAUAUUCUUUUAAUCAAUGAAUAAAGCAUUAAAAGUCACUGUUGUUAAAUACUUUAUUAUAGCAGCAUGAUACAUUUACUGUUGCCUCUGUUGGAACUGUUCAUUUCCACUGAUUAAGUCCAGAAUCCUUUGCAUUCCAAAACAAGUCAGAUGGGAUAUUUGUUUAAGUAACAUUUUGUGAGCAUUUUAAGGAAAUAAGCUGAACAAAAGACCAGACUAACUAGCAUAACUCUGUAUGAAUACAGAAAGCCCAAUUCCAUUCUGUAGCAAAUGCUUGAAUGUAUUCUAAGAAACUGUGUAUCAUUAAUAUCAGCGUCCCGUUACUAAAUAGACUGCAAACAGUAUCCUACUUAUUAGACAAAUAACUCAUCUCUGUGAAGAAUCAUUUUUCACUUUGCUUAUUUUGCUUCUGUCUUCUUCACAUUAUUAUAGUUUGACCUAAGGAAAAAACCCAGUCAAAGUUAACUGCUUCUAUAUCUUGAUACAGCAAUCACUGAGUUAAGAAUGAGUUCCAUUCCUAACUUGAAUUUGUAUGUAAGUCGGAACUCAUACUUAU